AGUACUCUCUCCCUUCACAAGUUUCACAUAAAACUUUGAUUUGUAGUUUCUCUCAACUACUGAUAUCGGAGCCAUGGAUAAUAUCAAUGGUUUGAUAGCAGAAAGGCCAGUGGUGAUUUUCAGCAGGAGCAGUUGUUCCAUGUGCCACGCCAUUAAGACGCUCAUAAGUAGCUUUGGAGCAAAUGCUACUGUUUAUGAGCUGGAUGAAAUUGCAAAUGGACGGCAAAUUGAGAGGGAGUUGGCGCAGUUAGGUUGUCAGCCGAGUGUACCAGCAGUGUUCAUAGGGCAACAGCUUGUUGGCGGUGCUAGACAGGUGAUGAGCCUCCAGGUUCAAAACCAGCUAGGCCAGUUGCUCAGAAGGGCUGGAGCUAUCUGGGUUUGAAAUAAAACGAAGUAUUUUACUUCCACACUCAACUCUGACUCUAUACAAGUAGGCUAAACGAGCUCUAAUAAGAUAGCUUCUAAUUACUUAUAAUUAGUGAUAACGUGACUACGUUAGCUACUCGGAGAGCUUAUUAAUUACCUAAUUGUGUACUUUUUCUUGUAUUUUCUGGGUGCUUAAGUCAGGGGGAACUUGUUUUAUCUUCCACAUAUAAGAACAUAUACAGUUCAUGCUAAAUAAAGGUUGUUAAACUUGCUAUAUAUGUAUUACGUGCUGCAGUUUGAUGGCUGAAACCUGAAUUUGAUUAUGAAUCUUGCCCAUGGUUUUAGUCGUACAAUCCUACACUACAUUGAAUACGUAUCCUAUGCUAUAUUCAAUACGUAUAUACAUGCAUGGGAAUGCAUUUAUGAAAGUAAAAUUCAUGGAAAGUUCCUUCUUGGGAAGAAGAGAGUUGAUCGGUAUCGGUACUGUCAGAACCAAUGCAGAGCUCAAAUCAAUUAUGAUGCUUGCAUUAUCUGCGUGAUUACUUUUAUCUGCUCAAAAAAUUAUAUCUACUUAUAAUUCGAAGUACUCAAGGAUAUGAGAUAUGACCAAAGCUACUCUUAACUUUUCCGGCCAAACAAUACGACGAAAGGAAGUUUAGUUAAUGCCCUUGAUUAUGAUGGCAAUUAGUCUUGUCAGCCGGUAUCGAUCGAUCGCAGUGCAAUUUUAUUGCCAUUUACAUUACCUGCAUGCUAAGGUAAAAUUUGUAUU